AUGGUAGCUGAAAGGAAACAAAAGUCAUGUAUUUCUUGUAUAAGGGCGAAGCGGAAGUGUGACAAAGUCCGGCCGUUCUGUCGGCGCUGCGAGGACAAGGGUUUGGACUGCCGAUAUUCCCCCACAGUCCGACGCACCACUGCCAAACCAAGUCCAUCAGCAGAAUCAACUGAGAUUCCAGGUCAUGUCUUUCUCAUCAACACCCAUGUCUCAAGUCUAUCCGCCCCCGCCUCGUCAAAGCUAUGGUUUAUGGCCCCUGAGACGUGGAAUAUUGACAAGUCCAGCUCCAGAGCUCCCCCAAUCCCAAUACCCGUAUUCAGGACCUUCAUCCAUCAUAUACAGCACUGGCUCAUCCAAUGGAUCCGUGACGGCGGAUGCCCCUUUAUACACCGUCAACUCUACGCCGAUGGAUUCUUCCCGUCUUGUAUGCAAGACGCCUUCUCGGCCAUCAGCAUACAACAGUCUUGUAAUAGCCGCAAUCAAGACCUGACUGCUCGCAUCAUCCAGGACCGAGCAAACUUUCUCAUCAAGAGCGGUGGGAUCGAGGAAGACAACGGCAAUCUCAUGUCAAUGAAUGUCCCCGUGCUCAAUACAUCACAGCAUCUAGCACGCGUCCAGGCAUUACUCAUCUACCAAAUCCUCCGCCUCUUCGAAAAAGGCAUAUGGCAACAGACUCGUGCCGAAGAGGCUAUGCUAACACUGCUUUCAUGGUGCCAGCAGAUGUGGGAUUCAGCCACUCUGGAUUGCAUCACAACUUCUCAGCCUACAUCAAACUAUACCGUCAGUGAUGAUAGCCAACAGAACGACCCCAGCAAUGCUAAUUCCACGCCUCGACUCUGGAGACUAUGGAUUUUGUCCGAGAGCAUCCGGCGGACGUGGCUCGCCGUCAUGGCCACAAUCUCUGCCUACCGCACAAUGAAGGACGGGUGGUGUGAAUGCGCCGGAGGCAUCACGUUUACCGCGCGUCGAUCACUCUGGCGCGCGUCGACCUCGUCUCAAUGGGCAAUCAUCUGCCGGACUGAGGACCCCUUGUUUCUGCCGUGCUUGGGCGAUCGCGCGACACUGGAAUCGUGUAAUCCAAAUGACGUUGAUGAGUUUGCAUCCAGCUACUUUUCAUUGAUUUGGGGACCAGAGUGGGUGGAGGGCCAUGGAGCGAGGCCAUUGGCUGAC